UGCAUACAUCUCUUAUUGGUCACCCCUGGCAUAACUGGUUGCAAUACCACAUUUUCACCACUGUGCACUGACAAUGCUUCAUUAAAGUGUUACUGAACCCAUGAUCCUGCAUCCACUAUAUCUGGUCUCCCACAGACCCGACAUUCACUAUAUCUGGUCUCCCACAGUACACAGAACAUUGAAAUGCAAUUAUUUUAGUAAAUAUAAACUGCUAAAUACCUUUUGUCAUCAGCAGUAUAUAGCAGUCUUGUGGCAUCUAUCAGUGUCCAGCAGAGCACUGGUUAAAGCCUGUAGGAGGAGUUUUCUUUCUGCUCUAGGAUGAAGAUGCAGAACCCCUGACCUCUUUCUGGACAAUGCUGAUUGGCCCUGUGCUGAUCACAUGCACCCUCCCAGAGGAAAUAAAAAUAUCUCUAGCAAUACACACCAAACUGAGCAU